CGAUCCGGCCAUUCUGAGGGCUUCCGCCCGUUUUGGUUUCUGCCUUGUCGAUUGCCUUUUCCGUCUGCGUUAUCUUCAGAGCAUUCGAUUUCGAGUCCACUCCCCAACCCAACCCUGAAAAUGGCCCAGCAACAGGACGACAAUGUGAUGCGAAGGUACAACUCCCUCGUUGCCCUCAUAAUCGUCGCACGUGGCUCUAAUCGGCCGUUGGGCUGUCCUGGAAUCGUGCUGACCCAUCGCUUAUGUAGGAAGUUGGUGAUCAUCGGAGAUGGCGCCUGCGGUAAAACGAGUCUACUGAGUGUUUUCACAUUGGGCUACUUUCCUACACAUUAUGUCCCCACGGUAUUCGAGAGCUACGUGACAGAUUGCAGGGUUGACGGCCGGUCGGUUCAAUUAGCAUUAUGGGAUACAGCCGGUCAGGAGGAUUAUGAACGACUGCGCCCAUUAGCAUACUCGAAAGCCCAUGUUAUCCUGAUCGGAUUCGCCGUCGACACGCCAGAUUCCCUCGAGAACGUUAAGAUCAAGUGGAUUGAAGAAGCAAAUGAACGAUGCCCCGGUGUACCAAUUAUCCUUGUUGGACUAAAAAAGGAUCUCCGUGAGACCCCUGGGGCGAUCGAGGAAAUGAGAAAGAAGUCCCUCCGAUUCGUAUCGCCCAAAGAAGGAAACGAGACAGCGACACAGAUUAAGGCCCGGAAAUACCUCGAAUGCUCCUCUCUCACCGGGGAGGGCGUAGACGACGUCUUCGAAGCUGCCACCCGUGCCGCCCUGCUCACCUUCGAUAAGCGGAAAUCAUCAUGCUGCAUUGUGCUAUGACAAAUUUGUACGUUGAUUGCCGUGCGGCACUCCGGGCAAACCCGAGAUUGGACCCUUUUCUAGGCGCCUUUAUAUCUAGCGUCGGGCUGUGGUAGAUUGGAUUUGAAAAUGGGGGAUGUGUGGAUAAACACUAGCUG